ACUAGCAAAGAAAGCAUUGCAAAUGCUACAUGACAAAGAUGUUUGGAAAAAGUUUGAGAGUUUAAAUGUCUUGCAAUUGAAAAAUUGUUCUUUUAUAGAGAAAUUUCCAAAUUCAUUCUUUAGAAUUGUUACAUUAUUGAAACUUGACUUAGAAGGAUGCUUUAAUUUAAUCAUGCUACCAAAUAAAAUAGAGUAUAUGACUUCUUUGAAGAUACUUAAUUUAAAAGAAUGUAGUAGAUUAAGAUUAUUACCAACAUCAAUUAAAAAUCUUCUUGCCUUGAGAAAACUUAAUAUAAGAGGGUGCUCAAGCUUAACAUCAUUGCCAAAUGAAUUGGGGAACCUCACAUCUUUGACUAUCUUGGAUAUAAGUGGAUGCUCAAAGUUGACAUCAUUACCAAAUGAAUUGUACAAUCUCUCAUCUUUGACUAUCUUAAAUAUAAGAAAUUGCUCAAGUUUGAUAUCAUUGCCAAAAGAAUUGGGCAAUCUCACAUCUUUAACUACCUUGGAUAUAAGUAGGUGCUCAAACUUGACAUCAUUGCCAAAUGAAUUGUGCAAUCUCAUAUCUUUGACUAUCUUAAAUAUAAGUUGGUGCUCAAGAUUGACAUUAUUGCCAAAUGAAUUGGACAACCUUAUAUCCUUGACUAUCUUGAUUAUAGGAGGGUACUCAAGCAUGACAUCAUUGCCUAAUGAAUUGGAUGACCUCAAAUCUUUGACUACCUUGUAUAUGUGGUGGUGUUCAAGCUUAACAUCAUUGCCAAAUAAAUUGAGAAACCUCACAUCUUUGACUACCUUUGAUAUAAGCGGGUGCUCAAAGUUGAUAUCAUUGUCAAAUGAAUUGGGCAACUUCAUAUCUUUGACUACCUUGAAUAUUAAUAAGUGCUCAAGCUUGGUAUUAUUGCCAAAUGAAUUGGGCAACCUCUCAUCUUUGACUACCUUGGAUAUAUGUGAGUACUCAAGCUUGACAUCAUUGCCAAAAGAAUUAGGCAACUUCACAACUUUGACUACCUUGGAUAUAUGUGAGUGCUCAAGCUUGAUAUCAUUGCCAAAAGAAUUAGGCAAUUUCAUAUCUUUGACUACCUUUGAUAUAAGUGGAUGCUUAAACUUGAUAUCACUGCCAAAUGAAUUGAGCAACCUCACAUCUUUAACUACCUUUGAUAUAAGUGUGUUCUCAAACUUGACAUCAAUUCCAAAUGAAUUGGGCAACCUUACAUCUUUGAUUACCUUCGAUAUAAGUGGAUGCUCAAACUUGACAUCAUUGCCAAAUGAAUUGGGUAACCUCACAUCUUUGACUACCUUGAAUAUGGGAAACUGCUCAAAAUUGACAUCAUUGCCAAAUGAAUUAGGUGAUCUCACAUCUUUGACUACCUUGAAUAUAAGUAAAUGUUCAAGCUUGGUAUCAUUGCCAAAAGAAUUUGGCAAUCUCACAUCUUUGACUACUUUAGAUAUAUGUGAGUGCUCAAGCUUGACAUCAUUGCCAAAAGAAUUAGAAAAUCUCAUAUCUUUGACUACUUUUGAUAUAAGUGGA